CCAUCUUUGGUGCCGUGCAGACACGCGGGCUUCGUUGGCUGUUCCGUCUGAUUGUUGUGGCAUCUUAUUGCUGGGAGAAAGUUGGCCUCGCACUUGGUUGAUUCUGUUGGCCUUUAUUAUUAAGAAAAUAUGGCAGACUCCAAAGAGGACAAGCUAUACAUGGCGGAAUACGCCAAAAGCGGCCGUGCUGCGUGCAAGAAAUGCAAAGAUAAUAUCGCUAAAGACUCGCUAAGGAUGGCCAUCGUGGUGCAGUCACCCAUGUUUGAUGGGAAGGUCCCCCACUGGCACCACUUCUCCUGCUUCUGGCAGCGAGCAUCAGCUCAGUCUACUGCUGACAUCGCCGGGUUUUCUGAUCUUCGUUGGGAUGAUCAGGAAAAAAUAAAAAAGGCCAUCGAAAGCGGUGGAGCUACUGGAGGAGAAAAAGGUGACCAGAAGGGCUCAGUUAAAGGAGAUAAGACGCUGAAUGACUUUGCAGUGGAAUAUGCCAAGUCAAACCGCAGCACAUGCAAAGGCUGCACUCAGAAAAUAGAAAAGGAUCAGAUUCGUGUGUCCAAGAAAGCCCUGGACCCUGAGAAGCCUCAGCUAGGUCUGAUUGACCGCUGGUACCACACAGGAUGUUUCGUGAGUUCCAGGGAGGAGCUGGCCUUCAAGCCUGAAUACAGCGCCGCCCAGCUGAAGGGAUUCAACGCACUGCGGGCAGAAGACAAGGAAGAGCUGAAAAAGAGGCUCCCUGCUGUUAAGUCUGAAGGAAAGCGUAAAGGCGAUGAGGUGGAUGGAGUAUCAAAGAAACAAAAGAAAGCGGAAGAGGAUGAAAAGAAAAAACUUGAAGAGCAGUUAAAGAAUCAAAGCCAGCUGAUUUGGGGAAUCAAGGACAAGCUGAGGAGAUAUUGUUCAAGCAACGACAUGAAGGAGCUGCUGAUUGCAAAUGGCCAGGACGUCCCUUCUGGAGAGUCCAAUGUGGUCGACAGCCUGGCUGAUGGCAUGGCCUUUGGUGCUCUUGAGGCCUGCAAAGAGUGCAAGGGGCAGCUAGUGUUUAAGGGUGAUGCUUAUUACUGUAAAGGUGACAUUUCAGGCUGGACCAAGUGUGUGUUCAAAACCGCAAGACCUGCACGCAAAGACUGGGUGAUACCUAAGGAAUUCCAUGAAGUCCCUUUUCUGAAAAAAUUUAAGUUCAAGCGGCAGGAUAGGGUUUACCCCAAGGAAGCUCCUUCCCAAUCACUGACAGCAGGCAAAGCUGAACCUCUGGCAGGUGCAUCCAGUGCCCUGACUAAGAAACUGCCUGAGACGGCACCUCCAGACAAGCCUCUUACUGGUAUGAAACUUCUGGCUGUUGGGAAGCUGUCCAAGAACAAAGAUGAUCUGAAGGCUGUCGUGGAGGAGUUGGGUGGAAUGAUGACCGGCACAGCCAAUAAGGCCUCUCUCUGCCUCAGCACCAAGAAGGAAGUGGAGAAGAUGAGUAAGAAGAUGGAGGAAGUGAGGGAUGCUGGCGUGCGUGUGGUCUCUGAGGAUUUCCUCAAAGAUAUCAAGUCGUCAGGCAAAGCUCUUCAGGAGCUGGUUUCUCUGCAUGCCAUCUCACCCUGGGGUGCAGAGGUUAAAGUCGAAGCUCAGGCCUCCAAGUCUGGAGCGCUGCCUACUAAAAGCACUGGGAAGGUGAAGGAGGAGGAAGGUGGUAGCAAAUCCAAGAAAAUGAAACUCACAGUCAAAGGUGGAGCUGCAGUGGACCCAGACUCAGGUCUGGAGAACAGUGCCCACGUCCUGGAGCAGGGUGGGAAGAUGUACAGUGCUACUCUGGGUCUUGUAGACAUAGUGAGAGGAACAAACUCAUACUAUAAACUCCAGCUGCUGGAGGAUGAUGUACAGAAACGGUAUUGGGUGUUCAGGUCAUGGGGCAGAGUGGGUACCACCAUCGGCGGCAACAAGUUGGACAAGUUCCAUGACAAGAACUCUGCCUUGGACAAUUUCCUGUGUGUUUACAAGGAGAAAACGGGAAAUGAAUGGUGCUCUUCCAACUUCACCAAAUAUCCCAAUAAGUUCUACCCACUAGAAAUUGACUAUGGACAGGAUGAGGAGGCAGUGAAGCAGCUGACAGCUACUGCUGGCACCAAGUCUAAACUGGCCAAACCAGUCCAGGAACUGAUCAAGAUUAUUUUUGAUGUAGAGAGCAUGAAAAAGGCCAUGGUAGAGUUUGAGAUUGACCUUCAGAAGAUGCCUCUUGGCAAGUUGAGUAAGAGGCAAAUCCAGAGUGCCUACGCACUCCUCAGUGAAGUUCAGCAGGCUGUGUCAGAUUGUGUGCCUGAAGCACAAAUCCUGGAUCUGUCUAAUCGCUUUUACACCCUGAUACCUCAUGACUUUGGCAUGAAGAAACCUCCACUACUGAGCAACCUGGAUUAUAUUCAAGCCAAAGUUCAGAUGUUGGACAACCUGUUGGAUAUUGAAGUGGCGUACAGCUUGCUCAGAGGAGGAGCUCAGGACAAUGACCAUGAUCCCAUUGACACCAACUAUGAGAAACUCAAAACAAAGAUUGAGGUUGUUGAUAAGGCUACACAGGAGGCUGAAGUCAUUGUGCAGUAUGUUAAGAACACGCAUGCUGCUACACACAACACGUACACACUGGAAGUGCAAGAAAUCUUUAAAAUAGCCCGAGAGGGCGAAAACCAGCGGUACCGUCCCUUUGAGGAGCUGCACAAUCGGCAGCUACUGUGGCACGGUUCUCGCACCACCAACUAUGCUGGUAUUCUGUCUCAGGGUCUCCGUAUUGCACCUCCAGAGGCUCCAGUGACUGGUUACAUGUUUGGCAAAGGUGUGUACUUUGCUGAUAUGGUGUCCAAGAGUGCAAACUACUGUCACACCUCCCAAUCAGACCCCGUAGGCCUGAUUCUGUUGGCAGAGGUUGCUCUAGGCAACAUGCAUGAGCUGAAGAAGGCCUCUCACAUUACAAAACUACCAAAGGGCAAGCACAGUGUUAAAGGUUUGGGUAGAACUGCUCCAGAUCCAAGUGCCACCUUCACUCUGAAUGGGGUGCAAGUGCCUCUGGGAAAAGGAGUCCAAACCAACACUGAUGACACAAGCCUACUAUAUAACGAAUACAUUGUCUAUGAUGUCGCACAGAUAAACAUGAAGUAUCUCUUGAAGGUCAAGUUCAACUACCAGACAUCCCUGUGGUAAAAGGACAUCCAAGCCCUUUAUAGAAGACCACUGUUGCCUCCAAAUGGCUUUGCUUCAUUCCCUCCAGCGAAAUAUGUGAACAGGAGUGAUGCUUUACUGCUCUUUACAGUGGUCAUUUGAAAUGUUUUGCCACUUUACUGCUUUUUCAUCAGGUUCAUUAACAGGCAGAUUUUAUUAGUAAUACAUUAGGUAGUUAAUUUCUGCUCUGAUAUGCUUCAUAGGAUGGAAAGUCACAGAUGAACAGCAGCUGACGCAUAAUGGAUGAAACAGUAACUAUCUCACAUCUUUGAUUUUGAAAGGGUAUUACUCAUUCUUCAGUAAUUCUCUAGUUAAUAAGGCGUAUCCGCAAGUUUAGGAGUUUUGAGUUACGAGCACUCAAUCUGCAGAAUUACCCAUACCACUGUUUAUUAUAUUAGGAUUCCUCAGUGAAAUAGCCAGUAAAAUGCAUGUUUUGUAGAGUGAUUGGUAUGAAGAACCUGUACAAGGUUUGACAUGUAUAUAUUUGUUUUGUUGUUUGUCUCAAACGUCUUCCUGUCAGAAGAAAAUGUUGCAGUGUUCUUUCAAAAACAGAAACUGCCAUGCAUAGUUCUUUCUUGUGUACCUCAAAUUCAAUAAAAACAAAGGACUCCUUCAA